AUGGAUAAUGACAGUGUUAUUGAAGACCCCCAGGAUGCAUCGCUAGAUUUAGUAAUUCCGACUUGGUGUCAAAACCUUUGCGCGGCAUAUGUUUGCUGUGUCUUCUUUGUCGGGUUGCCUGGCAACGCACUUGUUGUAAUUGUCCAGACUAAAGUUAAGGUGAAAUCUUCAACAGACUGGUUCGUGAUGGUUCUUGCUGCGUGCGAUUUAUUACGUCUGGUAGUCAACCUUCCAGUCUAUUUUCUUGGCGUCACAUCAUUAUGGAAACACGUCGCAACAUCUGUUGGAUGCAAACUACACGCUUUCAUUCAUUUCCAAACGUUUUUAUCUUCGGCAUUGUUGUUUUGCCUGAUAGGGAUAGGCAGAUAUUUCAAAGUUUGUCUACCUCACUCAAACUGUUUUACACCAAAAACAGCUAAGUAUGCGAGUAUUACUGUUAUAGUUCUGGCCACUGUGCUAACCAUUCAUCACUAUUUUAUAAGUGGAUUAAAUACAAGAAACGCGUGUUUGUUUCAGACAAAGGUUAGUGUAACCGCUAGCGUUGGAUUUAUCGUCGGCAGUUCUAUAAUUUUGACGGUGGCGAUUAUUGUAUCCACUGCAUAUGCACUGGUAUAUCGCCGACUCCGCCGAAUGAGACGCAUCACUCCGAUUGAGUUAACAAACAUAAAAACAUCGACAGCUGUUGGAAGCAGUAGUGAAAGUGCACAGGACCUACGGAUGAUAACUACCACAAACACAAUGGCAGUAGCUGCUAUACGUGAUGUGUACCGCAGUGCCGUCCAUUGCGUCUGCAAUUUGGACAAGUAUGGGGAGCUCCUACACAGAAACCGCAACAGUCGCGUUGUUGCUGUUAAGACUUCUGUAUUGUGUAAAUUUGGUCAUCAAUCCAUACUUUUACCUUGGAAUGAAUACGAGAUUCAGGAGAAGAGCUUUUGCAACUUUAAAACGGAUAUGUAA